GCCCACCCCGCCCCUUCAGCCCUGUUCCGCUUCCGGUCGCCAGGGCACUGGGCCCCCGAAAGUUACCUCUGUGGUCGCGAUGGGGAAGUCGGAUUUUCUUACCCCGAAGGCCAUCGCCAACAGGAUCAAAUCCAAGGGGCUUCAGAAGCUGCGCUGGUAUUGCCAGAUGUGCCAGAAGCAGUGCCGGGACGAGAAUGGCUUUAAGUGUCAUUGUAUGUCCGAAUCGCAUCAGAGACAACUGUUGCUGGCUUCUGAAAAUCCUCAGCAGUUUAUGGAUUAUUUUUCAGAGGAAUUCCGAAAUGACUUUCUAGAACUUCUCAGGAGACGCUUUGGCACCAAGAGGGUUCACAACAACAUCGUCUACAACGAGUACAUCAGCCACCGAGAGCACAUCCACAUGAACGCCACGCAGUGGGAGACGCUGACGGAUUUCACCAAGUGGCUGGGCAGAGAAGGCUUGUGCAAAGUGGAUGAGACACCAAAAGGCUGGUAUAUUCAGUACAUAGAUAGGGACCCGGAAACAAUCCGCCGGCAACUGGAACUAGAGAAAAAGAAGAAGCAGGACUUGGACGAUGAAGAAAAAACUGCCAAAUUUAUUCAAGAACAAGUGAGACGAGGUCUGGAAGGGAAGGAGCAGGAGGCCCCUAUUUUUACGGAGUUAAGCAGAGAAAAUGAAGAAGAAAAAGUGACAUUUAAUUUGAACAAAGGAGCAUGUAGUUCAGCAGCAGCAUCUUCCAAAUCAAGUUCUUUGGGACCAAGUGCCCUGAAGACGAUGGGUAGCACAGCGUCGGUGAAACGAAAGGAAUCUUCCCAGAGCUCAGCUCAGUCAAAAGAAAAGAAGAAAAAGAAGUCUGCGCUCGACGAAAUCAUGGAGAUUGAAGAGGAGAAGAAGAGAACUGCCCGGACGGAUCACUGGCUCCAGCCUGAAAUUAUAGUGAAAAUUAUAACCAAAAAACUUGGAGAGAAAUAUCAUAAGAAAAAGGGCGUUGUUAAGGAAGUAAUUGACAAAUACACAGCUGUUGUAAAGAUGAUUGACUCUGGAGACAAGCUGAAACUUGACCAGACUCAUUUAGAAACAGUCAUUCCAGCACCAGGAAAAAGAAUUCUCGUCCUGAAUGGAGGCUACAGAGGAAACGUGGGCACACUGGAAUCCAUCAACGAGAAGACGUUUUCAGCUACUGUAGUCAUUGAAACUGGCCCUUUAAAAGGACGAAGAGUUGAAGGAAUUCAAUAUGAAGACAUUUCUAAACUUGCCUGAGUUUGAAAAUUUGCUAACAAGAUAUUAAAAUCUUAAAGCAUCAAAUUGGUGUUUACCAAGACAUUGCAAGACUCUACUGUGUUAGGGUGUUUCUUUUGUAUAAAACAAAUGGAUUUAUUUAAGUAUUACUGUAUAGCUGUUUAGCCACACUUAGAGAAAAAUCUAAUUAUGUCUCAUGAAAUGGCAAAUUAUGUAAUUUUGUCCUUGUUCUUUUUGUCUCCUUGUACUAUUUCCUUGAUGAUUUUUUUAUCUUCAUUAAAAGAACAUUAUUGUAAAGUGUUUUA